AUGAGGGACGACACGUUGAUAUUGCCUCAAAUCGUAAAUCUGAAUUCGAACCCUCCCAGGGAUUACAAUUCAUUUUACCAACAUUCAACUAAUGAUCAGUUUACUUCGGAUUUAAGAUCUGUUGACAUGUAUCUCGUAAACAAGCAAUGCAGUACCAAGUACGACAUUCCUCAACAAAACGAUCCGUCAAUUAGAAAUUUUGUAUCUAAGGAUUCGUCAAUAAAGGAUUCUCUUCCACGGGAGUCUCUAUAUAGGGAAUCUGUCAAAAGGGGCUAUAAUAUUGCUUUCGAAGCGAAAAAUGAUGAUCCUGUAAUCAAACGCAGAACCUUUUCACCAAACAUCAAUUUUUCCAACAGCAAUAACAUCAAUCAUAACGCAAGUGCUAACCUUAACGCCAGCUUAACCAACUACACACUUGCUCCGCGUAGCUGUGUCGACGUCACUCCCAACAGCGAUUUAAUUGAAAAGAUAACAUCGGUGUCAACUACAAAUGUUAAGAAAAUCAUGGAGCUGUUGACCAAGAGCACGUCUAUUAGAGAUUUCCAAACGCAACUGCAGUCGUUGAUGUUCACUUUGUGUGCCGAUUUACACAAAUACAACUACCAGGAAAUCGAGCACUUGAACAAGAGGGUUAACUACCUGAGCGACGAAAAGAAUCUCCUUACAAACAUCGUAAAAUCGCAGUACGAGUCGAUAAAGAGGAUGAAGGCUGACGAAUCGAGCAUUAUUAGGAUCGAGGAGGAAAAUAUGGCCCUUAAGUCUGAACUGAACAAGAUGAGGUCGGUGGUGAACAACUUAGUUUACAAGAACGAUUCGAGCGACACGAUCAACAACUUUGACCACAGUACAAAUCACAUUCAGGAUGCCUCCGGAUGUAUUCUAAAACGAAGAUGUAAUUUCUUAACCUAUAUGAAUAUAUUAUUUUGUAAUGUGUAUGAAUGUGUCAAUGGAAUCCGUCUUAAAAUUGAAUUGGAACAACACUAA